GUUGCUGGGGAGGACAAACCAGGAGGAAGGCGAAGUGGGCAUUUCAGGGCACUGCAGAAUGGCGUCACCUCUGCCCUGGCUGUACAUUAUUUUAUGGGUAGAAAAUGUCCAAGGGAACUUUGAAGAUGAAGGAAACGCCUACUCCAAGAACAUCAGUCGCAUCCUGGACAACUUGCUUGAAGGCUAUGACAAUCGGCUACGGCCGGGAUUUGGAGGUGCUGUCACUGAAGUCAAAACAGACAUUUACGUGACCAGUUUUGGGCCCGUGUCCGAUGUGGAGAUGGAGUAUACCAUGGAUGUUUUCUUCCGGCAGACUUGGACUGAUGAGAGGUUGAAGUUUAGAGGGCCAACUGAGAUUCUGAGUUUGAAUAACUUGAUGGUCAGUAAAAUCUGGACACCUGACACUUUUUUCAGGAAUGGCAAAAAAUCAAUUGCUCACAAUAUGACAACUCCUAAUAAACUCUUCAGAAUAAUGCAGAAUGGAACCAUUCUCUACACCAUGAGGCUUACCAUCAAUGCUGACUGUCCUAUGAGGCUGGUUAACUUUCCAAUGGAUGGGCAUGCUUGCCCACUCAAGUUUGGGAGUUAUGCCUACCCCAAAAGUGAAAUCAUAUACACAUGGAAAAAAGGACCACUUUACUCAGUUGAAGUUCCAGAAGAAUCUUCGAGCCUCCUCCAGUAUGAUCUGAUUGGACAAACAGCAUCGAGUGAGACGAUUAAAUCUAACACAGGUGAAUACGUAAUAAUGACAGUUAAUUUCCAUUUGCAAAGGAAGAUGGGCUACUUCAUGAUUCAGAUAUAUACACCUUGCAUUAUGACCGUCAUUCUUUCCCAGGUGUCUUUCUGGAUUAAUAAGGAGUCUGUUCCCGCCAGAACUGUCUUUGGGAUCACCACUGUUUUGACCAUGACCACUUUAAGCAUCAGUGCCCGGCACUCCUUGCCGAAAGUGUCCUAUGCAACCGCCAUGGACUGGUUCAUAGCUGUGUGCUUUGCUUUUGUCUUCUCUGCUCUUAUUGAGUUUGCAGCUGUCAACUACUUCACCAAUCUUCAGACACAAAAGGCCAAAAGAAAGACACAGACUGCAGCCUCACCCCCAGCGACAAUAUCAAAAGCAAUGGAACCCUUGGAAGCUGAAAUUGUCUUGCAUCCUGACUCCAAGUACUACCUGAAGAAAAGAAUCAGCUCCCUGACCUUGCCAAUAGUCCCAGCCCCUGAAGCCAGCAAAGUCCUCACUAGAGCUCCCAUCUUACCUUCAACACCUGUCACACCCCCACCGCUCUCUCCAGCCGUUGGAGGCACCAGUAAAAUAGACCAGUAUUCUCGGAUUCUCUUCCCAGUCGCCUUUGCAGGAUUCAACCUCGUAUACUGGAUAGUUUAUCUUUCAAAAGAUACAAUGGAAGUGAGCAGCAGUGUUGAAUAGCUUGCAGACAAGACUCCCUGUAUUAUAUAAGUUAUUUUCAGAAUUUAAAAAAAAUUAGCAUUGAGACUUGUGUAGAUAGAUGCUUUUCUGAACAUGAAAUCAAAAUUGAAAAUCUUUAACACGUAGCUUUUAGUAAG